AUCAUCAAUAUGUGAUUAUUUCUAUGUUUUGGCAUGGAGAAUAGUAACAAGGAGCUCACUACCCAAAAUAAUGAUCAAAACCCGUGGUAUAAUUUUGAUGAACAAAGUGUUGGGAAGUGAUGAAUUUUCGACCCAAAUUUAAUGAAUCUGGACGGCCCAAGGUGAAUGGAAUGCAACCUCCUCAAAGCCUCAUUCAAUAUAUUUCCUCCUAUAUCCUGUGUGGGCGCUCGGGCAAUCACCCUCAAAUGAGCAAAGACGAUGCCAUGCUUAUCUAUGCAAUCUUGAAGCCGGUGUCUAUCAAUUGGGGGAAGUACAUCUUGACAUACAUGAACUUGUGCCGGGCAAAGAAAAAAUCUCUAUCGUACCCCAUGCUUCUCACCUAUCUUUUGAAAAGGAAGGGAUUUGAAUUUGUGAAUGCCGAGAUGGAUAGUGAAACUCCUUUUUGGAGGAUCAAGAGGUCAACAGUAAUGAGAACCAAGCUUGAUGGUGAAGAUGAAGCACGUGCAGAAACCGGAACUUCUCAGUCACGUGUGGCUUCCCGGGGUCACAAGGUCACAUUGCCUAUGCUUUUUGAGUCCCUGCAAAGCCUCCAAUCCUCCUUCAACAACAUCCAGCUCCAACAGGCCACUUGCGGUUAUAACUUGAAUAAGAUGUUGGUCAAGAGUGGAGAGCAAUGGGAAACACCAUCCUUGGAAGCGCUCGCACCUUACAUGCCUCAGGGUUCUUCUUCUCAUGCCGCUCCUUCUGAUGCUGAUGGUGAUGCAGACGAUGAGGAUGAUGACGAGGAGGAUGCUAUUGAACAAGACGAUGCGACCAUGGAUGAGGAAUGAGUGGAUUGGGAACUCAUUUUCUAGCAUUAACUAUGUUAACUUAUGCCUUACUUAUUGACUCUAUCUUUUGCAUAACCCCUUGUGUUUUUUAUUAUGACUUUGACUUUUUCUGUGAUUUUUCCUUUCCUUUUUUUUGCUUAUGACAAAAGGGGGAAGUGUGGGUAUUGCUUGUGCUUGGUCAAGUG